AUGAACAUAACGCUCUCACGACUCGACAGACUGUACCUCGCGAAAGUAGCGGACCAGGCUGAACGCUAUCAAGAUGUCAUCGACCAGCUUAAGGACGUCAUAAACGCGAACGACGCUCAACUCACCAUCGACGAGCGGAAUCUACUGUCCAUAGGCUACAAGAAUCUCACCGCUAACCUUCGCUCAAGCUGGCGUACCAUCGACACCUUGCAGAAGAAGGAGGCUCUCUUGUCAACACGACAGGAAGUCAAGCUCAUGCGCGUACAGAAGGAGCGGAUAGAGAAGGACAUCGACGCUCUCUGCCGGGACGUCAUUGACCUUCUCGAGCGCACUCUCAUACCGGCCGCGAAUGACGGCGAAGAGAAGGUGUUCUACUCCAAGAUGCGAGGGGACUACUACCGCUACCUCGCCGAGCUGACCCGUCUUAAACCCAAGGAGAACCUAGCGGCUGUGUCACUCGAGGCCUACAAGUUCGCUUACCAGCAUGCGCUCAUCACGCUCCCGCCGACACAUCCGACACGCCUGGGCUUGGCUCUCAACUUCGCUGUAUACUUUCACGACAUCAUGCGCAGCCCUGAACGAGCGUGUCAUCUAGCGAAGCACGCCUUUGACGAGGCUAUAUCGGCGGCCUCCGAGUCACCGUCAGAGGGCACGAACUUGGAGGACUCAUUGAUGAUACUGCAGCUCAUGCGGGACGAUUUGAUCCUAUGGCACGGGGAAAUUGGCAGAGAUUGAGUCGGUACUUUCAAAGGUACACAGUUAUGCCUGUAUCAUACUAUUCAUCGG